AUGAAUUUGCAGCUGGCUUUCUGGCUGGGACUAAUCGUUUCAGUGUGCUGUGUGUUCGGCCAGACAGAUGAAAAUAGAUGUUUAAAAGUAAACGCAAAGUCAUGUGGAGAGUGUAUCCAAGCAGGGCCCAACUGCGGGUGGUGCACAAACGCAACAUUCUUGCAAGAAGGCAUGCCUACUUCUGCGCGCUGCGAUGACUUAGAAGCCUUAAAAAAGAAGGGGUGCCAUCCAGAUGACAUAGAAAACCCCAGAGGCUCCAAACAUAUAAAGAAAAAUAAAAAUGUAACCAACCGUAGCAAAGGAACAGCAGAGAAGCUCCAGCCUGAAGAUAUCACCCAGAUCCAGCCCCAGCAGUUGGUUUUGCAGUUACGAUCAGGGGAGCCGCAGACGUUCACGUUAAAAUUCAAGCGAGCCGAGGACUACCCCAUUGACCUCUACUACCUGAUGGACCUCUCCUACUCCAUGAAAGACGACCUGGAGAACGUAAAGAGUCUCGGCACAGACCUAAUGAAUGAAAUGAGGAGGAUCACUUCGGACUUCCGAAUUGGAUUUGGCUCAUUUGUGGAGAAAACCGUGAUGCCCUACAUUAGCACGACGCCAGCCAAGCUCAGGAACCCUUGCACGAGUGAACAGAACUGCACCAGCCCCUUUAGCUACAAAAACGUGCUCAGCCUUACUGACAAAGGAGAAGUGUUCAAUGAGCUCGUCGGGAAACAGCGCAUAUCUGGGAACUUGGAUUCUCCGGAAGGUGGCUUCGACGCCAUCAUGCAGGUUGCAGUGUGUGGAUCACUGAUUGGGUGGAGGAAUGUCACACGGCUGCUGGUGUUCUCCACUGACGCCGGCUUUCACUUCGCGGGAGAUGGCAAGCUGGGUGGCAUUGUUUUACCCAACGACGGACGGUGUCACCUGGAGAAUGACGUCUACACCAUGAGCCAUUAUUACGACUAUCCCUCAAUUGCUCACCUUGUCCAGAAACUCAGUGAAAAUAACAUUCAGACCAUUUUUGCAGUUACUGAAGAAUUCCAGCCCGUUUACAAGGAGCUGAAAAAUCUGAUCCCCAAGUCAGCAGUAGGAACGUUAUCUGCAAACUCGAGCAAUGUGAUUCAGUUGAUCAUUGAUGCAUACAACUCCCUUUCCUCAGAAGUCAUUUUGGAAAACAGCAAGCUACCCGAAGGAGUAACAAUAAAUUACAAAUCUUACUGCAAGAAUGGGGUAAAUGGAACAGGGGAAAAUGGAAGAAAAUGUUCCAAUAUUUCCAUUGGAGAUGAGGUUCAAUUUGAAAUUAGCAUAACUUCAAAUAAAUGUCCAAAUAAGAAUUCUGAAACCAUUAAAAUUAAGCCUCUGGGCUUCACUGAAGAAGUGGAAAUUGUCCUUCAGUUCAUCUGUGAGUGUGAGUGCCAGAGUGAAGGCAUCCCCGAAAGUCCGAAGUGUCACGAAGGGAACGGGACAUUUGAGUGUGGAGCUUGCAGGUGCAACGAGGGGCGUGUCGGCAGGCACUGCGAGUGCAGCACGGACGAGGUCAACAGCGAAGACAUGGACGCCUACUGCAGGAAGGAGAACAGCUCGGAGAUCUGCAGCAACAACGGCGAGUGCGUCUGCGGGCAGUGCGUCUGCAGGAAGAGGGACAACACGAACGAGAUCUACUCCGGCAAAUUCUGCGAGUGCGAUAACUUCAACUGCGAUCGGUCCAACGGCUUGAUCUGCGGAGGAAAUGGUGUUUGCAAGUGCCGUGUGUGUGAGUGCAACCCCAACUACACGGGCAGUGCGUGCGACUGCUCACUGGAUACCUCCUCGUGCAUGGCUGCCAACGGACAGAUCUGCAACGGCCGGGGCGUGUGCGAGUGCGGCGUCUGCAAGUGCACGGACCCCAAGUUCCAAGGGCAGACGUGCGAGAUGUGUCAGACCUGCCUCGGCGUCUGUGCUGAGCACAAAGAGUGCGUUCAGUGCAAAGCCUUCAAUAAAGGAGAAAAGAAGGACACGUGUGCCCAGGAGUGCUCCCACUUCAACAUCACCAAGGUGGAGAAGCAGGAGAAGCUGCCCCAGCCCGGCCAGGUGGACCCGCUGUCCCACUGCAAGGAGAAGGACGUGGACGACUGCUGGUUCUAUUUCACGUACUCCGUGAACAGCAACAACGAGGCCAUCGUUCAUGUGGUGGAGACUCCAGAUUGUCCCACGGGUCCAGACAUCAUUCCGAUUGUAGCUGGUGUGGUUGCUGGAAUUGUUCUCAUUGGCCUUGCAUUACUGCUGAUUUGGAAGCUUUUAAUGAUAAUUCAUGACAGAAGGGAAUUUGCUAAAUUUGAAAAGGAGAAAAUGAACGCCAAAUGGGACACGGGUGAAAAUCCUAUUUAUAAGAGUGCAGUGACAACCGUGGUAAAUCCGAAGUACGAGGGGAAAUGAUCGCCACGUGGGACAACUUGACAACAACGAGUGCGAAGUCAUUUCCGUAGUCACAGGAGGUAGCUUAGGGCAGAGUCGCCAUGAUUCAACUCGUGCAAACUUUGUAAAUGUACAAUAUGUAUAAUGUUAAAAUUUUUUUUUUUAUUAUUUUGAAAAUAAUGUUAUAAUCCAUGCCAGGGACUGACAAAAGACUUGAGACGGGAUGGUGAUCCUGUCAGCUAAGGUCACAUUGUGCCUUUCGACCUUUUCUUCCUAUUCUGUUGAAAUCAAGCUUUCAGUGAUGAGGGGGUAUUUCUAGAGGGAUGGAAAGGGCAGUAGUUAAAGCCGUGAGCAUGACGGGAGUUUCUAGUAAUCAUGUAUUAGACUGAUAUUUAGCUUCACAGAUAUGUCAGUUUUCAGUUAUCCCGAAUACGAAGUAAAUGCCCUGCUAGCUAGCUUAGGAUUGUUUUCUGCCCGUCAUUUUGCAGUUUGCCUGUCAGACACGACUAUGACAUAUCUGAAAGAGGAACAUGUUGAGGAUCGCUGGUGUAAAAUAGCUUCAGAGUAUUGAGUCUACAGAGGCCAUGGAGAAAAUUGAGAAUGUUAGGAAGCAAAACCAAUAGCUUUAAACCCUGUGUGCCAUUCUAAGAGUUACAUAAUCUCAGUAACUUUUACGCCUUCUAUCAGUUCAAGCCUUGGAUUAAAAGAACCGGGAAAUAUUUUGCUGAAAAGUCCUUGACUUAGCACUAUUUACAUAAAGGCCUUAAUUUCUGUAGUAUUUGCUGAAUGGGGGACCUUUGGGAUUGAAUUAAUGUUAUCUUAUUGUUUUUAUUUUGUUUAAUGCCUGGUGCUUUUUAUCACCUCUCCUAGUCUUGUUGUUUGCAGUUUAGGGGUCAGACUUUUCUUUUUCCUCAGAACUGUUUCUUUGAAGUUUUAGCUGUAAGCGCGCCUGUUUAAUGAACGCGGGAGGCUGUGCUCGGCUUCUGCAGCAGCUCCGCCCACGCAAGUCUGACUUCCGGUUAGCGCCGUAACAAACCACUGUGUGUUUACUUCUCACCUCCCGAGCUGUCCCUCUUGUUUUGUACUAGUCACGUUCUUGUUUUAAGUGCCUUUUAAUUUUAACAGUUCACUUUUUACAAUGCUAUUUACUGAAGUUAUUUAUUAAAUAAAAAUGCCUAAAAUACCUAC